UUCCUAUGUCAUCACUUCCGGAUUACGAAAUGUUUUUUUUUUUUUUUUGCUAAGCUCGCGAACCGACACUUUCUUGGAAAGGAUGUGAUACCGAAUCAUUAUCAUGGAAACAAGUCUCUGACUACCAGAAAGCUUUUCUAAACAGCAUGUUGGCACGGCUGUUCCGACAUCAUGGCCUACUGGUGGCCGCCCACCCGUGGGAGGUGAUCAUCGGUACCCUGGCGCUCAGCGUCUGCCUCAUGUCCAUGAACGGCUUGGCCACCAGCAGCCACGUGUGCAGCUGGAGCGACUGUCCCAAAGCGGAGCGAGAGGCCAACCAGAGCAGCGACACCGUCAUCUUGACUGUGACGCGCUGCGCGGCUCUCAUUUACAUCUACUACCAGUUUAGGAACCUCCGACAGCUUGGCUCCAAGUACAUUCUGGGUAUCGCCGGCUUAUUUACGUUGUUCUCCAGUUUUGUUUUUAGCUCGGUCGUCGUCCACUUUUUUGGCAGAGAGCUGACAGGCCUCAAUGAAGCCCUUCCUUUCUUCCUCCUCCUCAUUGACCUGUCCAAAGCCUGCACGCUUGCCAAGUUUGCCCUCAGCUCAAACUCUCAGGAGGAGGUGAGGGAGAACAUUUCUCAAGGCAUGGCCAUCUUGGGUCCCACCUUCACGCUGGACGCUCUGGUGGAGUGUCUGGUCAUCGGGAUCGGCACCAUGUCAGGUGUGCCACAGCUGGAGAUCAUGUGCUGCUUCGGCUGUAUGUCGGUGCUGGCCAACUACGUUGUCUUCAUGACCUUCUUCCCUGCUUGCGUCUCGUUGGUUCUUGAGUUGUCGAUGGAAAGCCGCGAGGGUCGCCCCAUUUGGCAGCUGAGCCACUUUGCCCACGUGCUGGCCGAAGAGGAGCACAACAAGCCCAAUCCCGUCACGCAGAGGGUGAAGCUCAUCAUGUCGCUGGGACUGGCUCUGGUCCACGCUCACGCUCGACUGGCGGCCGAGGGUCCCGGCCUCAACCGGACGGCGGCGGGCUCCCCGCCCAAGAGGCUGGAGAACGGCGCCUCCGUUCGGCCGCUGCUGCUCAACGGGGUUGACCUGGAGCAGGUGAUCACGCUGGGCCUGGCCCUGCUGCUGGCCGUCAAGUACGUCUUCUUCGAGCAGAGCGAGACCGAGUCGUCGCUGUCCAUCAAGAGUCCCUCGGCGGGCUCGCCUCCCACCCGCAGGCUGGCGCCGCCCGACGGCUGCUGCAGGACGGACCCGCCCGCCCUUGCGAUCCCGGGCUUCAACCUCGUGUGCAGGAAGGAAGCCAAAGCUCCUGAUGGGUCUCAUACCGGCCACAAUGUUUGUAAGAAGCGGGAUUGGCUCCCAUUUGAGAAUUCCGCAGCGGAGGCCAAUCCGCGUCCCGAGACGACCGACGCAUUCAAAGCUGAAGCUUGUCCGCGCACGUUGGAGGACUGUGUGGACGUCCUGGCCGACCCGCAGCGAGGGCCCCGUUGCCUCAGCGACAGCGAGGUGAUCAACCUGGUGGCAUCACGUCACAUCCUGGCCUACAAGCUUGAGGCUGUGCUGGAGAGCCCCGAGAGGGGCGUGGCUAUCAGGAGGGAGAUGUUGUCCUCCGAGCUUCCCGUCCCCACCGCCUUGUCUUUGCUUCCGUACAAGAACUACGACUACGGCAAGGUGAUGGGCACCUGCUGCGAGAACGUCAUCGGCUACGUGCCGGUGCCGGUGGGCGUGGCCGGCCCGCUACCUUUGGACGACAAACUUUUUUACGUUCCCAUGGCGACCACCGAGGGCUGCCUGGUGGCCAGCACCAACCGGGGCUGCCGGGCUCUCUCUCUGAGCGGCGGCUGCCGCAGUCGGGUGUUGUCCGACAGCAUGACCCGGGGUCCCGUGGUGCGCCUGCCCUCGGCCUGCCGCGCCGCCGAGGUCAAAGCGUGGCUGGAGAGCGUGGAGGGCUCGGCCGACAUCAAAGACGCUUUUGACCGCACCAGCAGGUUUGCCCGGCUGGAGAAGAUGCUGGUGUGCUUAGCGGGAAGGAACCUCUACAUCCGUUUUGAGGCACGCACGGGAGACGCCAUGGGCAUGAAUAUGCUCUCAAAGGGCUGCGAGAAGGCUCUGCACAGACUGCAGCAGCAGCACGCCGACGUGGAGGUGCUCUCCGUCAGCGGCAACUUUUGCACCGACAAGAAGUCGGCCGCCAUCAACUGGAUCCUGGGGCGCGGCAAGUGCGCUGUGUGCGAAGCCACCAUCCCUGCCAAAGUGGUUCGCGAGGUGCUGAAGAGCAACACAGCAGCACUGGUGGAGCUCAACGUCAACAAGAACCUGGUGGGCUCGGCCAUGGCGGGCAGCGUCGGCGGCUUCAACGCCCACGCCGCCAACAUCGUGGCGGCAAUCUUCAUUGCCUGCGGGCAGGUGUGUUUUGGUGGCAGGACCCCGCGCAGACUGUCGGCAGCGCCAACUGCAUCACGCAGAUGGAAGCCGCCGGAGCCGACGGCCAGGACCUCUACAUCAGCUGCACCAUGCCCUCCAUCGAGCUGGGCACCGUCGGCGGGGGCACCAACCUGCCGCCGCAGCAGGCCUGUCUACAGAUGCUGGGCGUCCAAGGCAGCAGGCCCGAGCAGCCGGGCGAGAACGCCCGGCAGCUGGCGCGCGUGGUCUGCGCCACUGUUCUGGCAGGGGAGCUCUCCCUCAUGGCGGCCUUGGAAGCAGGGCACCUCGUCAAGAGCCACAUGACCCACAAUAGGUCCAAAUCCAACUUAACCCGUAUGGCAUCGCCUUCCAAAGACUCCUCGUGACGCUUGCUGACGUGGUGAAGGAGAAACGCAGGCGGCCCGCACCGCAGCCGCACGUCGUCCGAGUCCUUGUGGAAGGCCUCGGACAGAGCUCGCUUGUCUUUUCGAACGCAUUUGUUGCAAUGAGAAGCCAUCAAAACGUGCUCACGACUGUAAAGUGUAUUUUGAGUGCAAUAGAAUAAUAAAUUAUAAAGGGUUUAGUUAUGAAA